AGUCGCAAUUAGAACUAGCUGCGAACGCAACGAUGGGAUGGCGGAUUACAGAGAUCCGAAACUCUCAUUGUUUUCCUGCUGCUGCUCCUCUCCUACCCGAAACCAUUGAGGAAGGUAAUUUCACGUCAUUUUUUUCGCGCGAAGCAUCCGGAUUUACCAAAUCCGAGGCUUUAUUUUGUCCAAAAUGACAGUCUGGCAAGAUUUAGGUUAAAACCAGCUUAAAUCCUGCUCUAAAUCCGUUACCAGACAGCCCUUCAGGAUUCACUAAAUCCGUUUCUCUACAGCCCCCUCAGCUCACUGUGCCUUUGCAGUGAGGGGAACCAAAGCCCCACUGGGCGUUUCCUCCCUGAGCGAGGUGGAAAUCCAAAACUUGACGGCGGAGGAAGGAAACCUUGCCGACGACGAAAUGAACGGCGGCGAUUUUGACGAAAGGCUCUCCCGCUUCUUGUCCGACUUGGAAUCCCUCCCGCCUGAAGACCCCCUUCCCGAAUCCUCCCUUCUUGAUCUUGAUUUCCUUCUUCCCUCUUCUUUCUCCUCCGCCAAGUCUAGUGGCUUCUGUGAUGAUUCCCCCUUCCCCCUCUGGUCACAUCUUGCCGCUAUCGGUUUGUCGCCCUCCUCUCUUCUUCGUCCCCUCGCCGCUGCCAUGGACCUCUCUUCUCCUCACACCUCCCUCCUCACUGCUCGUGUCUAUCUCUCACUAAUCCUCACCCCCUCAGCCCCCGUCCUCUCCCUCUUUUCGCCUCUUGCCUUCAUUUCCUUACUCAGCUCUCUCCGUCAAGCUCUUAAACCCCUUCCUUCCCCACCAUCGCCGGACUGCCAAAGGAAGCGCAAGCAAGGUCGAGCUCCUCGCGGCAAACUACGAGUCGAUGAUGCUCCAAAUGUCGGAGAUCUCCUCCCUACUGUACUUGGUCUUCUUGACUCCGUCCUGUCUCGUAUCCGCCUCGACUCCUUGCCUGAUGGUGUCAAGUCCCUUGUAGAAACCAUCGUCGCCAUACUCUCUUCCUCGGCCUCCGACCAACAUGGCCUCUCCGACGUCUGUUUCCGAAUUCUCUUCUCGGUCGUCUCUCGCCACGAGCAAGGCUUUCAAACUGCUAUCGCCGUCGAGGUUCUAAGAGCUCUUGGGCGGGUUGUCCUUUCCUCUCCGCUAAAGUCUGCUUUGAGAACGUCCACCAUAAGUUUCGUAGCCUGCAAAAUUGCCUCUCUGGCUCGGGAGAAUGGGGAAAUUAGGAAGGCUUUAGUUUAUUUUCCAAGAUAUCUCGCUUCGAACGCUCCAGAAAGGGCCGAGCCAAGAGCUGCGACGGUGGAUGCGAUCCUGGAGGUUGUUAGGGCUUUUGAGAAGGAUGACCGAAUUGGGUUUGCAGAGUACGUGGUGAAAAUGACGCAAGGUAAGUGGCAGCUACGGCUUUUGGCGGCCGAUCUGAUUCUGGGUUUGUUGACAUCGUUGCCUGACCCUCUGGGAGCGUGUGAAUCAUUGGAGGGUUCUAGCUGUUGGGGAAUGAAAUGCUUGAAGGCAUUGCUGCUGCGUUGUUCUGAUUCUAUGGCAGGAGUUCGAGCUCGGGCACUAACGAACAUGGCUCAGGUGAUUGAAAUCUUAUCCAGGGAUGCCAGGAAUUCUGCAUGUUUGCAGGAAGGGGUAGCAUUUGGAAAUGCAAAGUUUAAUGAGCGUCUUAGAAAGAGAUGUUUAGAUGAGAAAGCUGCAGUAAGGAAAGCUUCUCUAUUUCUAAUCACCAGGUCUUCAUCUUUGAUGGGCAGCCCAAUUGACAACUUGGUAUUAAAGACCAUAGGAUCUUCAUGCAUGGAUCCUCUUGUUAGCAUCCGCAAAGCUGCUAUGUCUGCGAUAUCAGAGGUCUAUAGACGAUUCCCAGAUGAGGUGGUUAUUUCCGAAUGGCUUCAUGCUGUACCUCGCUUAAUUGCAGACAACGAGACAAGUAUACAGGAAGAAUGUGAGAAUUUUUUUCUUGAGUUGUUGCUGGAUCGAAUAUCCCAAGCUUCUCAUGUUAGCAUCAGCGAUGCAACAAAAGACUUGGAAUCAAUAAUUCCUGAAGGUGUGUUGACUUUGUUGAAAGGGAUAUGUGAUGGGGAAGUUCUUCCUUGUGUGAAGAAGAUAUGUACUAGCCUAGGGAAGAAGAAGAAACUCAAGCCUUCAAUUGCUAUUUCACUUGAGAACAUUAUAUCAAUCUCAGAAUCUUUGUAUCUGAGAAAUUGCAUAUCUAUAGAGAGGUGGACAGCCCCUAUUGGUGCUUGGCAGCUUCUCUCAGAGGUCUCUUUGUUCACACCCAAGGCAGUUCAUUGGAAGUUCCUUCAUCAUCAUUGGAAGCUUCUUGACAAAGCAAAGGGAGGCAAAGGUGGAGCAACUGAUGGAGAAGGGCCUAAUUCAAUCUCAUGGGGUAGAGAUCGUGUGUCUCUUCUGCAAACUAUUUCAAAUGUAUCGCUUUUGUUGUCCCCUAUGGAUGCUUCUGAUUUGGCCGCAGACUUGCUCAAGCAGAUUGAUGAAUUUAAUAUGCACUUGAGCGAGGUUGAUGCUCAUGUGAAAGCUCUCAGAACUUUGUGCAAGCAAAAGGCCUUAUCUCCCAAAGAAGGAGAUGAACUGAUUGGAAAAUGGGUGCAUCAGUUGCUCUCCGGGGCUCAGAACAUUCUUGAAAGCUACAUGUCUAAGCUCUCUGAAACUGUGAAGACUGAUAGUUUUUUCACUCCACAAAGGGAUCGAAGGAAACGAAAGGAUGAGUCAGCUUCAUCAAAGUUGUUGUCACAAGCCAUAACGGCUGCUUUCACCAUUGGGUCAUUGGUUUUGAUUUACCCAUCGGCUGAUCUGCAUGGUAUUGUCCCUCUGUUACAUACAAUGAUAACAUCUGGAAAGUCUGUGGCUGAGACUACAAAACUAGUGGGCGUUACUGUCUCUGUGAAAGAAAGGGCACCAUCUCUGUAUAUUCAAUCAUGGGUGGCCAUGGGGAAAAUUUGCCUUGUCGAUGAUAAACUGGCAACACUUUACAUCCCACUAUUCGUACAGGAACUAGAGAAGAGUGAUUGCGCCGCUGUUCGCAACAAUAUCUUGGUUGUGAUGGCUGAUUUUUGUGUUCGGCACACAGCAUUAGUUGACUGUUACAUUCCAAAGAUAACCACUGCUUUGCGUGAUCCUUGUGAAGUUGUGAGAAGACAGACAUUCAUCUUGCUUUCAAGGUUACUGCAGAGAGACUAUGUGAAGUGGAGAGGUGCUCUAUUCCUGAGAUUCCUAUUGUCCCUUGUUGACGAUUCUGAAAAGAUAAGAAGUCUUGCAGAUUAUUUAUUUGGGAACAUUCUUAAAGUCAAGGCACCCCUCCUUGCAUAUAACAGUUUUAUAGAAGCUAUAUUUUUUCUUAAUGGUUGCAAUGCACAUUCUGGACAAAGUGAGGCUCCUGAAAAAGUUUCUCAGCUUUUUUCAUUAAGUGGCAAAGAUGAAAAAGCGAGAUCAAAGAGGAUGCACAUAUAUGUUUCUUUGUUAAAACAAAUGGCACCAGAACAUCUUUUAGCUACCUCAGCUAAGUUGUGUGCAGAGAUAUUGGCAGCUGCUUCAGAUGGGUUGCUCAGCAUUGAUGAUGUUGCCGGACAAUCUGUUGUGCGGGACUGUCUCCACAUUUUGGCCUGCAAAGAGAUGCGAAUCCAAUCAAGCAAAGCUUCCGAUACCGCCGAGAUGGACGACGAAGGCGGAGACUACGGCGGAGCCGCCGGAGCGACGGUCCUCGCUGCCAAAGGCCGCGUAGUCACCCAAGUUGCGAAGAAGAAUCUAGUCCAGCAUGCCGUCCCGAUAUUCAUCGAGCUCAAACGGCUUCUCGAAAGCAAAAACAGUCCUCUAAUGGGCAGCCUCAUGGACUGCCUCCGCGUGCUUCUCAAGGACUACAGGAAGGAAAUUGACGAGAUCCUCGUCGCCGAUAAACAGCUCCAGAAGGAGCUCAUCUAUGACAUGGAGAAAUACGAGGCCGCAAAGGCCAAAUCCACCGUUGCAGAAGCCAUGGCGAAUCCUCAGCAGAACCAGAACGUUUUAUCGCCUGCCGACAGGGCCGUAUCUGCCACCAGCAUCUUCGUAAAGCUGUCGGAGAAAUUGGGCAGCGGCGGCAAGAUUGGUUCGGCCGUGGCUGAUGCGGCGGCGGAGGUGACGGCGAAGUCGGUGCUCAGGGAGGCUAACCAGAGCACGAGCAGGAAGGGGACGGUGCUGCCAUCGAAGAGCAUACCGCGGGUUAGGUUUAGCGGCGACGCGCGAGGCAGCGAUGGAGCUGCCGCACAGCAAGCUCAUGUGCUCCAGUCUCUUCGGCGGAGAAAGAUGUUCGAGUCUGAUGAUGAGGAUUAGUUUAUGUUUAUAUGAAUGCGUGAUUUCAGCAUUUUUUGCAUUCGUU